AUGGGAUCACACACCAACUCUCCUAGGUUACUGUCUCCGCGUAGACGAAUACGUGGUUAUGUGAGUUUAGAACAAACAACAGAGGAUGAACCCGAUUCACCGGCUAUUUGCAGUGUAGAUGAAUACCAGAAGGCAACGUGUACAGCCCCACAAUGCAGAUCAAGUGUUCUAUCCCACCUGAUAAGCCCGAAAUCCUCCCCCGUUCUGCGGCGCAUGCAGAUGUCCCGACUGAGAUGGGUUCUAUCUCCAAAACGUAAUCAUCAAAUGGAGCAUAUUACGAUGUCUGGUAGAACUGAAGAGGAGUGGUUAGAAGCCAAUGCUUCGAUAUCUUCCUUAAACUCUUUGGAUACGCUGGAAAAAAGUCGAGUAGUACUACCUCAAAAACAGCCUACAAUUGGCCACAAUCACUCACCGACAAGGAGGUUGAGGCACACUUCAGACGGCUCGGAGUUUGGAUCAGUACACAUGCAACCGCGUUCAUCUUUCACAUCGGAGAGAAAAACGCUGCUGCGCUCAAUACUAUCUAAGACAUUCGGCCGCUCAAAUAAACAAGACAGAUUUGAGGCUGAACAAAAUUCAUCUGUUUACUCAAAUACUCAAGGUGCAGUUCGCACUGACAACCAAAAAAGAUGGAACUCAUUUUCUGUCAAAUCUACUAAGUCCGCACCUUGUUCACCAAUGUUUGAUGUGAGGAAUGUUACACUGGAAGACCAAAAACAAAGGUAUUCCCGGAAUUCCAGCUCCAAAAAACAAGAAGAAUACUACUCACUGUGUUCAAAUAUGUCAGAAGUUGAGAAACGUCCUCUGGAAAGAAUCCGCACGCUUGAGAGGGUAAAUGAUUUGAAAGGCAUUGAUACAAAUCCACGAAGCCAUGAGCCAGCAUCCCCACCUUUGAUGUAUAUAAGUGAAUCCAUCAGGCAAGCUGGACGUCCCUCUGAUCAGUUAUCAACCCUGGAUGGGCCAGCCGGUGAGAGCAACACUUCUCUGCGUGUUGGUUCCCAAAAAUCCAGAAAUGAAACACCUCCUCCCAGUUAUUUCGAUUUGGCUAAAUCCGAAACUACGAAAAUCCCCUCAGAUCAAACUAAACCGCCGAAAAAAAUCCAGAACAAUGCAAAACCGCCAAAUGCACCACCAGGCAUUAACAACUUGCCAGUUCACUGUGAUUCUUGUUGGAGAAAUCAAUCAGCAUUAUUGCGACUAAGUGCCCAUUUGCACCAGUCAGCCACAACCAUACUGCGGAACGAUCUGGGUACGGGCCAGACAAUUCCCACAAUGCUCCCACCAAAUUUAUACCAUUCACCUGAAAUACGCCAAGUUGUUCUGCACCGCAAUGGAACAUGCCAACGAUUUGGAAUGAAACUCGAAAGAACUGAUAGCCCAGAACAGCCAGCCGGUGAGAGCAACACUUCUCUGCGUGUUGGUUCCCCAAAAUCCAGAAAUGAAACACCUCCUCCCAGUUAUUUCGAUUUGGCUAAAUCCGAAACUACGAAAAUCCCCUCAGAUCAAACUAAACCGCCGAAAAAAAUCCAGAACAAUGCAAAACCGCCAAAUGCACCACCAGGCAUUAACAACUUGCCAGUUCACUGUGAUUCUUGUUGGAGAAAUCAAUCAGCAUUAUUGCGACUAAGUGCCCAUUUGCACCAGUCAGCCACAACCAUACUGCGGAACGAUCUGGGUACGGGCCAGACAAUUCCCACAAUGCUCCCACCAAAUUUAUACCAUUCACCUGAAAUACGCCAAGUUGUGCUGCACCGCAAUGGAACAUGCCAACGAUUUGGAAUGAAACUCGAAAGAACUGAUAGCCCAGAACAGAUUACUUAUAUCGCAAUGAUUUUACCCCGCUCUCCUGCCUGCGACGCGGGCCUACAAGUUGGCGACCGAAUUCUAACUAUCAACGGAAGUAGUGUGGAUUCGAUGACUCUGGAAUCAGCUAUUGAUUUAAUUCGGACAACAAGCCGAAUCCUACAGCUCACGUACGAGCCGAGGCCGUUCACCUCAUAUCUGCUUACAAUGGUUGUUCGCAAGCAAGAUGGCAAAGUUGGAAUUCGGCUCAAAAGUCAGGAAGACCUACAGAUUGAUGUGGUCCUUCCCCAUUCUCCAGCUGCCCGUGUCGGUCUUCGAGCAGGCCAGAAAGUAAUUGGACUUAAUGGACAAAAUGUGGUCUAUUGGGAUCAUUCGGACGCUAUGAAAUGGCUUCGCGCCUAUCCUGAUGAGCAAGACCUUUUAAUCACCGUUUCAGAGACUCCUAUACAACCUGAAAAAGAGGAACAGCUUGACACGCCCGAACAGUUAACGGAGACAUCACACCGCCUUUCGGAAGACGAAAUAACUAAUGAAACAUACUUUAAGCACAAUAUUUAUCUAUCAAGAUCAAACUGUUCAGAGUGCCCAGAAACAAGUUUCCAUGACCAUUGCGCUGAGGUCGUGGACCAUCGGUUAUGCAACGCUGCAAGAUCGCACUUGUUACAAAAUGAUAUCGCACACUGUGAAUGCUGUGCGGAGACAUCGCCAAGUGUGCCCCACCCAUCAUCCCAAGGACAAUCAAACAAAGUGCCCCCGCAAAGACAGCGCGGAUCACUCGCAUCACAACUACUGGAAGGUAACGAAUCUAACGAGGAUGCUCAUCAAAACCGAUAUGUUGAGUGUGUUCCUUUGACAGGGACAAACCAGAAAGAAAUGCAGAAUGGGAUACCGCUGCGGCUGUCCUUCACAGUUCCAUCCCACCGCCAGUGCGAAGGACAAACAUUAGAUUUUGGCGACCCAUCUGAACAGAAGAAAACUUCAGCCGGGACACAGAGCUGUUCUUCUAGUCUGUGCUCUAAAUUUCUGAUAACCACAGCAACGUCACCCAUGUGUAAUGAAAGUCAGCGACGGAAUUAUUAUGUUUAAAGUUUCCGCUUAUAUCAC